AUGGAUACUAAAAUGGACAAAGAUGGUCGUGCUGUAGCACUUACAACAACCGGAAACGCAAGUAAAAUAUCAACAAGAUCAACUCGAAAAAAGAAAACUACUUUGAUUACGCCAAAAAGAUGUAUCGAAUUUGUAAGAUUUUCAUUCAAGACUAUUAUAUACACACAGCUAAUGAUUUUUUUAUGUUACCCGCGGAUACGGAAUGCGGCGGUGUUUGCAGACAAGAGAGACCUUUCCUGUUUCGAACAAAAAAACACACAAAAAACUGUGCGGCGACAAAAAACACGCGCCGCACAAUCGGCGUAUCGGCACCGCCUACUUUUUUCUUUUUUUUUCUGGAAAAAAGGGGGAAGUCGUUUAAUGUUUCCUCCUUUUUAGCUGUGUUAUUCUAAAAUCCACGGUUUUCAUUGCAGAUUCAAUCAAAACAUUCUUCCAAAAAUUUUGAAAAUGGAACUGCUGAACUUUUCAAAGAAACAUACAUUGAAAGUCCAACUUUUUUCAAUUAUUUCAAACCUGCUAACAAGGAUAAGAAUUUCAGCAAAAGUAGGUUAAAUGUGUACUGAAUAAAUUUUAUAUUUCAUUUAUUUUCAGAUGUUUGGCUUUAUGAUGCGACACGUGUUCAAAUUCCUGAUGUUGAUUAUUAUCAUGCUUCUUAUGUUGAAGGACUUCGUCCAAGUAUGUUUCUAGUAGAUUUUUACACACUGAUUGCUGAGUCACAAGUUUUCAAAUUGUGCAUAAGUCAUGAUUAGAAUUAAGCCACGCAGUUUUUGACAAGAUGAUCUUAAUCAAAGUGUAGAAAUCUAUUGAAAUGUAUGUUCCAUCAAAAAUAAAAUUUCAAUUUUUUUUAGAUCAAUACAUACUUGCUCAAGCUCCAAUGAAUACAUCUCAACAAAAAGAAUUUGUGAAAAUGUUGCAACAUGUCAAAGCUGAAGCGGUUGUUGUUGUUGAUGCUGCUGAUGAUUGUGGAACGUUAGUUGUUUUUCUUUUCGCCAAAAACCAAAAUUCAAAGCGUGAAAUUUCCAGAUUUCUGUUCAACAAAAAAGAGGGUGACAAAGUUGGCUUGAAAGUUUCAUCCGACAAAUCAACAGAUGAUUGGAGUCUUGCCACGAUUUCGGCGAGCGGUUUGAAAGACGUCAAAUGUGGUCGAAUCAAUAAAUGGUCAGGGGAGAAGUUUGGCGAAACUGAACUUGUUGAAGCGCAUGAGAAGAUUCGAAAAUAUAUUGGAUGGGGACAGAAGAAUCCGAUUGUUGUUGUGUGCAAAGAUGGAGCUACAAAGUGAGGCAUUUAAGAUUUUGGCUAGAAAAUAUAAUGGUUUUUUCAGGAGCGGUAUUUGGGCACUCAUUGAUACGGAAGCGGAUAGAUUCAGAGAUAAGACACGUGUCAAAUUGACUGAUACUCUCAAAACAAUCAGGUAAGAAAGAGAUAGGAAUAGGGAUCCCUGGGGAAAAACAACGACACAAAAAUGGCCAACUUUCAUCGAUUUUUCAGAAACUAUCGAUCAAAUUGUUUCGAUUCAAUGGAAAACUUCCAAUUUGCGUGCUCAACAAUGAUCGAAUGGUGCAAGAAAAACAACAAAAAAUGA